UCCGUUAUUUUUCGAACUUUCGACCGAUUUUCCUCUCAGAAAUUUCUCGUUUUCAGUGUUUUCGUAGUAGUUUUGGUAUGUUUGAUACUCAGUGUUCUCUCAACGGUUGAGCAACACAGCAGAUUUGCUGGUGAACUGCUUUUUUUAUUGGAAAUUUUUCUUGUAAUAUUUUUCGCUAUUGAAUAUUGUGUACGGUUAUGGGCAGCCGGGUGCCGUUCGAAAUAUCUCGGUUUUUGGGGUCGACUUCGAUUCGCUAAGAAGCCAAUCUCAUUCAUUGAUCUUUGUGUGGUUUUGGCCAGCAUUACCGUAAUCCUAGUUGGAAGUGAAGGCCAAGUUUUUGCUGCUAGUGCAAUACGGGGUGUGCGAUUCUUGCAAAUUCUUCGAAUGCUUCACGUUGAUCGACAGGGUGGCACA